AGGCCCAACAUCACGAGGAUUGUGAAUUGUGGACGCCGGAGCUCCUGCCGCUAAAAAGAGACAAUCUCCAGCUGUUGUUUUUUAGGACUGAUCGAUCUGUGAACACCGGGGAGAGCCAGAGGAAUAGAAAAAAAGAGAGGCAGAGAGGGAAUCGGCAGGCAGGUGGGGAUCGGAAGGCGAUAAGAUGGCGGGCGGCGGCGGUGGAGGGUGUUGUCCGCCGAUGGAUCUGUUCCGGUCGGAGGCUAUGCAGCUGGUUCAGCUCAUCAUCCCCAUUGAGUCCGCUCAUCUCUCCGUCUCCUAUCUCGGCGACCUCGGCCUCCUCCAGUUCAAGGAUCUUAAUGCAGAAAAGAGCCCUUUCCAGCGAACUUAUGCAACUCAGAUUAAAAAAUGUGGAGAGAUGGCACGGAAGCUACGUUUUUUCAGGGAACAAAUGUCUAAGGCAGGUCUCUCACCUUCAACUGGGCCUCUGACGCGAGCAGAUAUUGAUGUGGAUGACCUGGAGGUCAAACUUGGGGAACUUGAAGCAGAGUUGGUUGAAAUGAAUGCAAAUGAUGAGAAGUUGCGGCGUUCUUACAACGAACUUUUGGAAUAUAAGCUUGUUCUUGAGAAGGCUGGUGAGUUUUUCUACUCAGCGCAACGCAGUGCGACAGCUCAGCAGCGAGAAAUUGAGUCACGUGUUACUGGUGAAGAAUCCAUAGACACACCCUUAUUAUUGGAGCAAGAAAUGUCAACUGAUAUGUCGAAGCAAGUUAAGUUGGGGUUCAUUAGUGGCCUUGUUCCUAGGGAAAAAUCAAUGGCAUUUGAAAGGAUCUUGUUUCGUGCCACCAGGGGCAACGUGUUUCUGAAACAGGCUGUCGUCGAGGCACCUGUCAUUGAUCCUGUCUCAGGGGAGAAGGCUGAGAAAAAUGUAUUUGUGGUUUUUUAUUCUGGAGAAAGAGCAAAGAACAAAAUUCUUAAAAUAUGUGAAGCUUUUGGAGCAAAUCGCUAUCCUUUCAAUGAGGAGCUGAGCAAACAAGCUCAGAUGAUUUCAGAGGUUUCGGGAAGACUCUCUGAGCUAAAGACUACAAUUGAUGUAGGACUGCAGCACAGGGUCAACUUGUUACAAACCAUUGCUGAUCAGUUUGAUCAAUGGAAUCUUUUGGCAAGGAAGGAGAAAUCCAUUUAUCACACCUUAAACAUGCUUAGCAUUGAUGUGACAAAAAAGUGUCUUGUGGCUGAAGGGUGGAGCCCUGUUUAUGCAACAAAGCAGAUACAGGAUGCAUUGCAGCGGGCAAUGGUGGACUCCAACUCACAAGUUGGAGCCAUUUUCCAGGUUCUGCGCACAAAGGAGUCACCGCCUACAUAUUUUCGCACAAACAAAUUUACAUCUGCUUUUCAAGAAAUUGUUGAUGCAUAUGGGGUGGCCAAGUAUCAAGAAGCGAAUCCUUCUGUAUAUACUAUUAUCACGUUUCCAUUUCUUUUUGCCGUCAUGUUUGGUGACUGGGGACACGGAAUAUGCUUGUUACUUGCAACGUUGUAUUUCUUAAUCAGAGAAAGGAAACUCUCUAAUCAGAAGCUUGGAGACAUAACAGAAAUGACGUUUGGUGGACGUUAUGUUAUUAUGAUGAUGGCAAUCUUCUCAAUCUACACAGGUUUGAUCUAUAAUGAGUUCUUCUCGGUUCCAUUUGAGUUAUUUGGACGCUCAGCCUAUGCUUGCCGUGAUCUUUCUUGCAGAGAUGCUUCAACGGUAGGCUUAAUUAAAGUUGGUGAAACUUACCCAUUUGGCGUGGAUCCUGCAUGGCAUGGAACUCGCAGUGAAUUGCCAUUCCUCAACUCCUUGAAGAUGAAAAUGUCAAUCCUUCUUGGGGUUGCACAAAUGAACCUUGGAAUCAUAUUGAGUUAUUUCAAUGCUAAAUUCUUUGCAAAUGGCCUGAAUAUCUGGUACCAAUUUGUUCCGCAGAUGAUAUUUUUGAACAGUUUAUUUGGCUACCUUUCCCUCCUCAUCAUUGUGAAGUGGUGGACUGGUUCCCAAGCUGAUUUAUAUCACACUCUGAUAUACAUGUUCCUCAGUCCUACUGAUGAUUUAGGUGAAAAUCAGCUGUUUGUUGGCCAGAAGACACUACAGCUUGUACUACUAAUAUUGGCCCUUGUUGCUGUACCAUGGAUGCUGUUUCCAAGGCCCUUUCUUUUGAAGAAACAACACCAAGAGAGGCACCAAGGCCACUCCUAUGCAUUACUUCAGAGCACUGAGGAGACCAUUCAAUCGGAGGCAAAUCAUGAUUCCCAUGGUCAUGAAGAAUUUGAGUUCAGUGAAGUAUUUGUACAUCAGCUCAUACAUACCAUAGAGUUUGUACUAGGAGCAGUUUCAAAUACAGCUUCAUAUCUUCGUCUGUGGGCCCUCAGUCUUGCCCACUCGGAGUUGUCAAGUGUAUUCUAUGAAAAGGUCCUCCUCCUUGCUUGGGGGUUCAACAACGUCAUUAUUCUUAUCAUUGGUAUCAUUGUAUUCAUUUGUGCGACGGUGGGGGUCUUGCUGGUGAUGGAAACUCUCAGUGCUUUUCUACACGCAUUGCGGCUUCACUGGGUGGAGUUCCAGAACAAGUUCUAUGAGGGGGAUGGGUACAAGUUCUAUCCAUUCUCAUUUGCGUUGCUCGUUGAUGAGGACGAGUGAUUUGUUGGACCAGGGUUUGUAGCUGCCAAAAAGAGCAGAGUUAAAGCUGAGAGUGUGCAUAUGUUAUGUUGAUUCUUUUGUUCUGAAAUUGGGAUGUACCUCAUGGGCAGAGCCAAAUGAAUGUACUUAACAAUGCAUGAACUGCCCCCAACCUUCCAAUUGUUAUUGUUUUUGAAGGGAAUAAUCAGUCUUAUGCCACUGGCUAUUUAUGUCAUAACAGUUAUGGCGGAGUGUAAUAAUAAGAAUGUAUGAUUGAUUUAUAUUUUGAAAAAGAAA